AUAUUUGAUACUCUGUGUUUGUUACAGUUCGCCUGCGCAUUUCAAUUUUCAUCGUCACCUUCUGAAAUGUCCCUCCUUAAACCCUUCUGCAGAUCCCUCCAUAGCUCAGUUACCAGGCCCAUUUCCGUAAAUUCACGUCCGUCACCUUCGCCGGACACUUCUCUGGUCGACAAAGCCAUUGCCGUCAUGAGAGGCCAAUGCACAAUCCCUUUGAGCUCGCUGGCUUCCCAGUUUACUCCUGAAUCGGCGUCCCAAUUACUCCUCAAGUCCCAAUUCGACAAAACCCUAUGCCUCCAAUUCAUCGCCUGGGCUCGCCGCCGCCGAUUCUUCACAAUCGAAUGCAAGUGCGUCUCGCUUCACAUUCUCACUCGUUAUAAGGUCUUCAAGACCGCCCAAUCCCUCGCCGGAGAAGUGGCUGCAACCACCGGCGACGACGGGGGCGGUUUUGUGUUUUCAUGCCUCAAAGACUCUUACUUCGCCUGCAAUUCCAGCUCCGCCGUCUUCGACUUGGUGGUAAAAUCUUACUCUCAACUAAAAAUGAUCAAUACAGCCAUGAAUAUUAUCCACUUGGUGAAAUCGAAUGGGUUUAUGCCUAGUGUAUUAUCUUAUAAUUCAGUUCUCCUUGAAAUAAUCAAGGCACCAUCAAAUGGUCACAUUGAUUUAGCUCAGAAGGUUUAUGAAGAUAUGAUCAGCUCAGGGAUUUCGCCUAAUGUGUAUACUUACAACAUUUUGAUUAGAUGUUUUUGCAGAAAUGGGAUUAUAGAGAAGGGUUUACAAUUUUUUGAUAAAAUGGCUGAAAAUGGAUGCUUGCCGAAUGUGGUUACCUAUAAUACCUUGAUUGAUUCUUACUGUAAAAUGGGGAAGAUUUCUGAGGCCUUUAAGUUGUUGAAAGAUAUGUCAGUCAGAAAUUUGGAGCCAAGUCUGAUUACUUACAACAUGAUUAUUAAUGGGUUGUGUAAAGCGGGGAGGAUGAAAGAGACUAGUGAAGUUCUUGAUGAGCUGAGACAGAAGGGCUUAACGCCUGAUGAGAUAACGUUUAACACACUAAUUAAUGGUUAUUGCAGAGAGGGUAAUUUCCACCAAGCCCUUGUUUUGCACUCUGAUAUGUUGAGACAUGGAUUGUCUCCAUGUGUCGUCACUUAUACUUCUUUGAUAAAUAGCAUGUGUAAGGCUAGAAAUAUGCAGCGGGCAAUGGAGCUUUUUGAUCAGAUGUGUGGUAGGGGGUUAUAUCCAAAUGAGAGAACUUACACAACUUUGAUUUGUGGUUUCUCCCAGCAGGGUUGUAUGGUUGAAGCUUAUGAACUCUUGAACAAAAUGACUGCAAGUGGCUUUUCCCCUGGCAUUAUCACUUAUAAUGCACUGAUCAAUGGGCAUUGUGUUCUGGGCAGGACUGAAGAUGCUUUGAAAGUAAUUGAGGACAUGUCUCAGAGAGGUAUAGUACCAGAUGUUGUAAGCUAUAGUACUAUAAUGUCUGGGUUUUGCCGAAAUCGUGAUUUGGACAAAGCAUUUGAGAUGAAGGAUGAGAUGGUUAAGAAAGGAGUUUUUCCUGAUAAUGUUACUUAUUCAACAUUAAUCCAUGGUCUUUGUGAGCAACAGAAAGUAAGUGAAGCUUGUGAAGUUUUUAGAGAGAUGCAGAAGAUAGGUUUGCAGGCUGAUAAACAUACAUACACUACAAUCAUUAAUGCAUACUGCUCAGAAGGAAAUAUCAGUGGUGCUCUCUGUUUACAUGAUGAAAUGAUUAGUGAAGGGUUCUUUCCUGAUGUUGUUACCUAUAGGGUCCUAAUCAAUGGUCUGCAAAAACAAGCACACAGUAGAGAAGCUAAACAGCUUCUGUUCAAGCUGUUCUACGAGGAAUCUGUUCCUAAUGACAUCACAUAUCAAAUGCUGAUUGACAGUUGCAGUAAUCUUGAAUUUAGAAGUGCAGUAGACCUUAUCAAGAGUUUCUGCAUGAAGGGUCUGUUGAAUGAAGCAGAUAAAGUUCACGAGCGGAUGCUGCAGCAAAACCAAAAGCCUAGCGAAGCAGUAUACAAUGUUCUUGUACAUGGCCAUUCCCGGGGUGGGAAUGUGCAGAAAGCCCUGAAUCUUUACAGGGAAAUGAUGGAUCGUGGGCUCGCUCCUCAUGCAAUAUCUGUUAUUGCACUGAUGAAAGAACUUUUUAGAGAAGGUAAGGACAGAGAGUUGAAUCAAGUUGUUCAAAACACAUUGAGUAGCUGCAGGCUCACCGAUGCUGAGGUGGCAAAAGUUCUUGUUGAGGUUAACUGCAAAGAAGGGAAUAUGGAUGCAGUAUUCAAUGUUCUUAUUGAAAUGGCCAAGGAUGGCCUUCUUCCAAAUAGUGGUUAAACUGCCAAUGUUAAUGCUCCAUCAGGUACUCUCUGUGA